CGAGAGAUUUUGAUGAUUGUGUAAACUUUGAUUUGACGUCACCCAAAAUUGUACAAUUUUGGAUUUAUUCCAGAUAGGAGGGUAUAACGGUUAUAGUGGUGGCGAGAAUACAGUAAAGCCGACUGUUCUGUUCUGGACAAAAUAUUGAAGGAGCUGUUGGAGAGCAGAUUAGCUGGAGUGGAACUGCUAAUGCCUACGGACAUGUGAAGUGGAGUACCAUGACUCUUGCAGGUUCUGAGAUGUGGUGGUAUGACCAUUCACCACUGGCCCUCCGCAUGCUGGAGGAGCUGCAGAGACAACAGCAGUGCAAUGUCUUCUGUGACACACUUCUUCAGGCCGAGGGUUUUGCUGUGCCGGUCCACAGUUGCGUUCUGGCGGCCUCCAGCCCCUUUCUCUUCAAGGAGCUCUCCUCCUAUCCCCCGCCCGUCGGCCAGAGGUGGUUGAUCAAAGUGCCGGACACCGGCGCUCAAGCGCUAUUGACACUGGUCAGCUUCCUGUACACGGGAGAGAUGAGAGAGCUAGGCUUCGAGGAGUACAUGGAGGUGAAGGCUGUGUUCAACAGGCUGGGAAUGAGUCACCUGGUCCCUCACUUCCAGGUAGAGCCCAAGGACAUGGGGAGCAUGACUGGUGGAGGGCUGCAGUUCGAGUGGAUUGGAGACACUCCGCCCUCGGUGGACCCUGAGAAUAAACGGAUGAUGGCGGACGAACGGAGCGCAAUUGACAUUGCCACGCAGACUGAAGCGGCGCAUGCAGCCGCUCAAGCGGAAGCCAAGAGACAUGAAGGCAGAAGGAGAAAGUACAGCAGCGGCAGCAACAGCGAAAAUGUUCCUGACCAGGAUACAGCAGGAGCAGCAGCGGCAGAUGGGGGCGGUUUCUUCAUGAAGAUGAAGUUCAAAAGGAAGUGUAAGGGCGCGCUCUGGGGAAUUGAAGGAGUUGAGGACUCUGCAGCCCCCGUGGCGCAAGACGGCAAGCCUUGCGUAGAUGCAAGCACGAGUGGGAUCAGCCACUCCGCGAAUGCUGCCAUCACUCAGGCUGAGCAGGUUGCGGUUGAAAGCAAGGACAGGACAGAUGGCGUUCUUGCACACAGUGCUCCUUCGCAGCCGGUCCUUUAUCCAUCUCUUUGCUAUGGCCCACACACCGCUCCUCACCCAGAUCCCGACCCACACCCACACCCCCACCCCCAACCCGAGCCUCCCAUCAGCCAGCCUCCGAGCGGCAGGGCCUCGCCGCUGAGCCAGCUGGAGGAGCCGGUGGAGUGUGACGAACAGCUGGACAAGCUCCUGGACGAUGUACUGAUGGGCCUGGACAUCAUGCCCAACACCACCGAGAGAGGACAUAGCACCCUGCAGCCCACGCCGCUGCCGUAUCUCUCCACUGAUUCGUCAUCCUGGCUGGGAGCACCUGGAGUGUCCAGAGAAUUGCCAGUGAAACAAGCAGCAGGCCCUGAUCUGUUGCCGGCGCCUCAGUCGUCGUCCUCCUCCGCCUCCUCGUCAUUAGAUAAUGGCAUGAGCUCUGUCUCUGAACAGUCAUCAUCUCAUCCGCCAGAAUCACAGAGCACACAGCUGCCGUCCCCACAGCACGCCAGCACAGAGCCACAGGCAAAGCCAGAUCCGCCGGCAGAUGCCCCGUCCACCCAAAGAACGCUCAGAUCCCAAACACUUGCUAAAAGGUCCACAGCCCAAUCGAACAACAGCUCUGGUCAGCUGAAAAGGUCAGCAGUCCAGUCGAACGACAGCAGUUUAGACAGUCAGGAACCACUUGCUAAACGCCCCGCAACCCAGUCCAACAGCAGUAGCAGCCCUGCUCAGCCGCAACUUGCAGAAGGCUCCGCAGUUGAGUCAACCAGCAGCAGCCUGGCUGAGACUCCACUUGUCAAUAGCUCCUCAGCACAGUCAGACAACACCACUCCUGGUCAGCGACCAGCUGCUUCUGGUGCUGAUGGCUGCCUGGCGGCUUCUUCUAAUUCUCCUGCUUGGUUCCGUCCUCUGCCAAUUAACCUGGAUUCCAUGGUGACCCCUGGUCCGUCGGCCACUCAGAAGAGACAGAGGAAGAAAGCUGUGUCACAAUCAAAGAUGGUAGACGGGAAUAAUAAUUCUGCAGGGCUUGCAGGCUGCAAGGUGGAAAAGCAAAAACCUACAGUGAAGGGCAAUAAAAACCUAAAGACUCCUCCAGCAGUAUCUGAGCAGUCCACAGGGACUGCCUCAGCGGGCAAGGACAAGCUUCAACGCAUUAUUGCCAAGAUCAGACAAAGCAAACUCUUACUGCAGACUAAACCGAGAAUGUCAAACCCAUCACCGCCAUCUGUUCAAAAGCCACCUGUGGACCUCAGUGAAGACCCAGUGAAGGAGCAGUCCAUCCCCAGUCCCGACACACCUGUCGUAAAACGCAAACGAGGCAGACCCCCCAAGGCCAGGCUUGACCCCGUCAUCACCAGCCCAGCCCAGUGGACGCUGACACCUCUGAAGGAAGUGACAUGCGUCCCCAGUCCACCAGAGGUGACUUUGGAAACACCCCGGCCUCGGCCCAAGUUGAAAAGGGCUAAAGGACAAGGGCGAACCCCAGACACUGCUGCUGCUGCUGAUAAUGAUGACAAUGCUGGAAAUCUUGCUGGUGUGUUUGAAGCUGUGUCAAAGCACCUCACUGGGAGGGCAACCAGGAAGAACGUCACAAACGCGACUGGGACCCGGGCUAGACUAAUGCCCAAAGCGGCCAUCGGGGGCAGAUCUCCCGUUGUCCCUUCGUCUACGAGCAUGGCCAGAAUCCUCAUAGAGCGAUAUGAUGCCAACAGGAGGAAAAUAAAUCGGAGGGAAUGGAGGAAGGACUGGAAUAGCAAGACUGACGCGUGUUUGGAGAAUGAGGACGUGAUGGAGAGGACCUUGAUGAAGUCGCCAUGUGAUGAAAAUGGCAUCUCUGCAGAGAGGGAGGAAACAUCAAGUCUACAGAAAAGCACCAAAAACAUCAAAGCAACAGAAAAAGCGUCCUCUACAGGUUCGAGUGGUGAAGAGGAGCUGGAGGUGGACAUCAUGGCUGGCUCUCCGGUCAGUCUGCCUGUGCCUCCCCCUGCACCUCGGCCUCAGCACAGCCGGGCCCCCAAAGAUCCCUCUUCCGCCUCUGAGGAGGAGGUGGAGGUGGACGUUGACAUUUGUUAAUGCGGAUGGUUAAUAGUGGUGUCCUGGUGAAUUAAAGGAUGACCAACGCGUGCCACAGGAAGUGUGUGCCCCCGCACUACAAGGAGGCUGAGCUGUCCAAGGGAGAGGCGGUGUGCCUGGACCGCUGCGUUGCCA